GACAGUAGCAUGACUUUCCAUGCUUUUGACCCAAUUAACAGACUUUGGCUACCACUCCCUCCGCUACGAAAGGAAUGCAAGGAAUAUACUCACCAAAAUAUUAAUUGUCAGGUUCUAAUGGUGGUGAUCUGUAUUUGUGUGGGUUCCAGUACGAAUGUAGUCGGGGACACGUAAUAUUUUACAGUGUUCGGACAAAUAAGUGGCAUCGAGCCCCAGAUAUGCUCCAACCACGUAUUAGGUUUCACUCCUGUGUUAUAAACAAUCGCUUGUAUGUCGCUGGUGGUGGGCUGGUUGAGCGACGCAAGUUAGUUCAUCUUAAAUCAGCAGAGGUUUAUGAUCCUAUCAAAAACAAGUGGUCUUUUGUUGCAGAUAUGACAAGGUGUUUGGAACUCGUAGAUGGUUAUGUAUACAAUGUAAUGUGGUUUGUUAAAGGAUUGUUCAGGAAAAGUAUUGUGCAUCAAGUUUACGACCCUGUAACAGAUGAAUGGUUUAAAAUCGACGAUGAUAUCGUAGCACCAAGGAGAAUAUACCCAAAAAUUACCAUUGACGGGAAUCUCUACACAAGCGGUUGCGAGGAUGGAUGCAAGUUGGACCUGUAUGAUGCAGCCACUGAUACUUGGGUACCUAGUAACAUUGACUGCUCAAAAAAGUUGCAUUUGGGCCCGAAACGCUAUAGAUACUUGCAAGUGAGAAAAAUAUUGCCACUAAACAAGGGGAAGCUCAUAUGUAUAAUUCGUGAUGAUAUGAGCAUUUCGGUGGUAGAUAUCUCAAAAGAUCAGUAUGAUGAUUCCUGGAGAAGGCAGCAUCUUUGGGAAGUAAAGAAGACAUUUGAGCUUGUAUGGGAGCAAUUCUGCCUUUGCUGUUAUAAUUAUUUGACAGAAACUGAAAAUUAUUUUAUCCCUCAUUCGCAGAUUCUUCGAGCAUAAUUGAAAAAGCGCAAUAACCUGUGGAACCAAGAGGACAGGCAAGGGAUUGACGAAUCAUGGAUGGAGGUCACAUACAUACUGGCCUAGGAGGCAGUACAUAUGACCUCCUGCCUGCAAUGUUUUUUCCCCCAAGUCGUUCAGUAUUUUUUCCCAGCAAUGUAUUCUACUAGAAGUAAAGAGGCAGCGGCACCAUCCUUACA